AUGCAGGCCAUUAUCGCUAGUCUGCGAGCUGAGAACAAAUCAUUGCUGGACCAGAACACGUUUUUGCGCUCGUUAGUGACGAACUGCAAAUACGAGGUAGCAUCCUCUCAAAACGGCCACCAGCAGACUGCCUCGGUGUUGCCGGAUCAGAGCUGCGUGAGGCUCAAUAUGCUGGAGAGUGACAGGCAGAUGGAGGUGGAUGAUGACGGCAAACAGACUGAGGACUUGGAUGUGAUGAAGCCUCGAUCGCGCACCGUAACGUCCACGCUGUCUACACAACAUUUGUGGCGUGUAUUACAUGAGGCUCCGACGUCAUGUGGCAUCGAAAAGUGCUCAUCCGAAGCAUCACUGUCGGUGCCAGGAUUUGUGGCGACGGUGGUGGGAUCUUGGUGGCAGUUGCUGUCAUCGUCCGAGCUCGUGUUUGGUGUGCUGCUAAAUGUGCUGUCCUUUGUUGCCAUUGUGGUGCUGUAUCAGCUAUGGCAGUCAUACUGGGUGGGUCGGUGGCCAAGGAAGUGUGCGGUCCAAUCGAAGCUUGGGCGUCACAAUGCUCGGCGUCACACAGAAUUGUCGUCAAGUAACUUGUCUGCUACCAAUAAGUGCAAGGAGAAAGAGAAUGCGAGGACGCAAGUAAUUGGCGUGAAGAAUGCGGAAUAA